ACGCCAGUGUGUAUCCUCCUGAGGAUACCUAGUGUCUAAAUGGUGACAGCACGGCGAUGCUCCCCUGCUCCGCGACCGGGGGCGGCCGCCGGGGACCCCCCCGUUCGCCAGCUCAGCUCGGGAACCAGCAGCAGCACCGACGAACCGACAGCUCCCCUUCAGCCCCGAGCUCUGAUGCCGCUGCCGGCCUCGCAAGGUAAAUCACCUCAGCGGGAGGCGUGCCGCCGUCCUGCCGAAGGCGGGCAGAGCCGCCGGGGGUGGGGGCUCCGCUGCCCUGCUCCGCUCUGCUCCGCUCCCUCAGGCGGGGGCAGCCCGUCGACCCCCUUCCCGGGCUGUGAGGGGGCUGUGGUGGGCUGUGAGGGAGAUGCGAAGGGCUGCGAGGGGAUGAGAAAAGGCGCUAAGGGGGCUGUGAGAAGGCGCCGGCAGCUCCCCGGAUCGGGCCCCGCCGCCUCCCCUCACAGCCCGCAGCUGCGGUCGGCGCGAGGCGACUCGAGGCGCGGCGGCUGUGAAGGCGCCUGCGCGGCUCUCCCCGGGCAUGCUCAUUAACGGCGAAGGAGCCAAGAAAAAAAAAAAAAAAAAAAAAAAAAAAGGGGAAGGCAAAAAAAAAAAAUCGAAAAAAAAAUCCACCACCCUGACAGCGAGCGGCGGCGCCGCUGACACUGAGAGGAGCGGCUCCGGCAGCGGGUCUGCGCCUGGCCCCGCUUCCCCUCGCACCUCGGGCAGAGCCGCGGCGGGGGGGACCCGGCGCUGCCCCCUCAGCGGGCUGCGGGUGGGGGGCGAUGGCAAUGAGGAUUUACGGCCGGAGAGCGGGACGCGGGCACCGCGCCUAGAGGCGAUGGGGAGCGAGAAGCCGUCGGCGGGGCUGAGCCGGGGGCGCCGCUGAAAGUUGAGCCCGGUGGCCGCGCUCGGACUAUUUCCUUAAGGAUUUCCAGUUGCUUGUUUUCAUGACUUUGAGCCUAUUUAAUCAGAGAUGGAGCAGAUGGACUGCAAACCCUACCAGCCACUGUCAAAAGUUAAACAUGAAGUGGAUUUAACUUACACAAGUUCUUCAGAUGAAAGUGAAGAUGGCAGAAAGCAAAGACAAUCUUAUGACUCAAGAGAAACUCUGAAUGAAUAUAGCCAAGAGCUAAGACUUAAUUAUAACAGUCAGAACAGAAAAAGAAAAACUAUUGACCAAUCCACGCAAGACAUGGAAUUCUGUGAGACUCCCCAUAUUCUGUGCUCUGGCUACCAAACAGAUUUACAUGGUGUAUCUGAGCACAGCUACCCACUAGAGGUGGGUUCAGAUGUGGAAACUGAAACCGAAGGUGGAGCAUCACCAGAUCACGCCCUGAGGAUGUGGAUGAGGGGGGUGAAAUCAGAGCACAGCUCCUGUUUGUCAAGCCGGGCAAACUCAGCAUUGUCCCUGACUGACACUGACCACGAAAGGAAGUCUGAUGGGGAGAAUGACAUGCCAGGGAGCCCACACAACCAGUUCACGUUCAGACCCCUGCCGCCGCCGCCGCCGCCACCGCACGCGUGCACCUGCACCAGGAAACCGCCGCCAGCAGCCGACACACUCCAGAGGAGGUCGAUGACGACUCGCAGCCAGCCCAGCCCUGCUGCCCCCACUCCCCCCACCAGUACACAAGAUUCAGUGCAUCUCCAUAACAGCUGGGUCUUGAACAGCAACAUACCGCUGGAAACCAGGCAUUUCCUAUUUAAACAUGGAUCGGGGUCUUCAGCUAUCUUCAGUGCAGCCAGUCAGAACUAUCCUUUAACAUCCAAUACUGUUUACUCUCCACCUCCUAGGCCUCUUCCUAGAAGUACCUUUUCUAGACCUGCCUUCACUUUUAACAAACCUUACAGGUGUUGCAACUGGAAGUGCACUGCUUUGAGUGCUACUGCCAUUACAGUUACGCUGGCGUUGUUGCUAGCCUAUGUUAUCGCAGUACACUUGUUUGGUUUAACCUGGCAACUACAGCCUGUUGAAGGGCAGCUGUACGAAAAUGGAGUUAGCAAAGGAAAUAGAGGAACAGAGUCCAUGGAUACUACUUACUCACCAAUCGGAGGAAAAGUUUCUGAUAAAACAGAAAAAAAAGUGUUUCAGAAGGGACGGACCAUAGACACAGGAGAAGUUGAGAUCGGAGCACAAGUUAUGCAAAUGAUCCCGCCCGGUUUAUUCUGGCGCUUUCAGAUCACCAUACAUCACCCCAUGUACCUGAAAUUCAACAUUUCACUGGCGAAGGAUUCUCUGCUGGGAAUUUAUGGCAGAAGAAACAUUCCACCUACUCACACUCAGUUUGAUUUUGUAAAAUUGAUGGAUGGAAAGCAGUUAAUUAAACAGGAGACAAAAAACUCAGAGGAGCCACAGCAAGCUCCCAGGAAUCUGAUCUUAACUUCACUGCAAGAGACGGGCUUCAUCGAGUACAUGGAUCAAGGAGCUUGGCAUAUGGCAUUUUACAACGAUGGAAAGAAAAUGGAGCAAGUGUUCGUACUAACCACAGCGAUUGAAGUUCUGGAUGACUGCUCUACUAAUUGCAAUGGGAAUGGAGAAUGCAUCUCAGGGCACUGCCACUGUUUCCCAGGAUUCCUUGGUCCCGACUGUGCAAAAGAUUCUUGUCCAGUGCUCUGCAGUGGAAAUGGAGAAUAUGAAAAAGGUCACUGUGUGUGUCGAAAUGGGUGGAAAGGACCAGAGUGCGAUGUUCCCGAAGAACAGUGUAUUGAUCCAACCUGCUUUGGCCAUGGCACCUGUAUCAUGGGAGUCUGCAUCUGUGUGCCUGGGUACAAAGGAGAGAUCUGUGAGGAAGAGGACUGCUUGGAUCCAAUGUGCUCGGGCCACGGUGUCUGUGUUCAAGGGGAAUGCCACUGCUCCGCGGGCUGGGGCGGUGUGAACUGCGAGACGUCGCUGCCAGUCUGCCAGGAGCAGUGCUCAGGGCACGGCACCUUCCUCCUGGAUGCAGGACUCUGCAGCUGUGAGCCACAGUGGACGGGUUCAGACUGCUCAACAGAGCUGUGUACCCUGGACUGUGGCAGCCAUGGGGUCUGCUCAAGAGGGAUAUGCCAGUGUGAAGAGGGCUGGGUGGGACCCACCUGCGAGGAGCGCACUUGCCACUCGCACUGUGCUGAGCACGGCCAGUGCAAAGACGGGAAGUGUGAGUGCAGUCCUGGAUGGGAAGGGGACCACUGCACCAUCGCUCACUACUUAGAUGCUGUUCGAGAUGGCUGCCCAGGUCUCUGUUAUGGAAAUGGCAGGUGCACUCUUGAUCAGAAUGGAUGGCACUGUGUUUGUCAAGUGGGCUGGAGUGGCUCAGGAUGUAACGUUGUCAUGGAAAUGGUGUGUGGAGAUAACCUGGACAAUGAUGGAGAUGGCUUGACAGACUGUGUAGACCCUGACUGUUGUCAGCAAAACAAUUGUUAUGCAAGUCCUCUCUGCCAGGGUUCACCUGAUCCCCUUGACCUUAUACAACACAGCCAACCGCCUUUCUCUCAGCAUCCUCCAAGGCUCUUUUAUGAUCGAAUCAGAUUCCUUAUUGGGAAGGAAAGCACUCAUGUGAUCCCAGGAGAUGUCUCAUUUGAGAGCAGCCGUGCAUGUGUCAUUCGAGGCCAGGUGCUAGCAAUAGAUGGAACACCUCUGGUUGGAGUGAAUGUCAGUUUCCUACACCACAAUGAGUAUGGAUACACCAUCAGUCGACAAGAUGGAAGUUUUGACCUUGUGGCUGUUGGAGGCAUCUCUGUCACUCUAGUUUUUGACAGAUCUCCUUUCAUAUCUGAAAAAAGGACACUUUGGUUGCCUUGGAAUAGAUUUAUCAUUGUUGACAAAGUUGUGAUGCAAAGAACGGAGUCAGACAUACCAUCUUGUGACAUCAGUAGUUUUAUCAGUCCAAAUCCAAUUGUACUUCCUUCACCCUUGACAGCAUUUGGAGGAUCCUGCCCAGAAAGAGGAACCGUUAUUCCAGAGCUACAGGUGGUCCAGGAGGAAAUCCCAAUCCCUUCAAGUUUUGUGAAGCUGAGUUAUCUGAGCAGUCGAACACCAGGAUAUAAAACUUUGCUGCGCAUCAUUCUGACACACGCAACCAUCCCUUCUGGAAUGACAAAAGUACAUCUGAUAGUUGCUGUUGAAGGACGUCUGCUUCAGAAAUGGUUUCCUGCUGCAGCCAAUUUGGUAUACACAUUUGCCUGGAAUAAGACAGAUAUAUAUGGACAGAAGGUGUCUGGUCUGGCAGAGGCUAUGGUGUCCGUGGGUUAUGAAUAUGAAACAUGUCCUGAUUUUAUUCUGUGGGAGAAAAGAACAGUAACCCUUCAAGGCUUUGAAAUGGAUGCUUCAAAUCUGGGAGGCUGGUCAAUAAACAAACACCAUGUAUUAAAUCCACAAAGUGGAAUUGUACACAAAGGAAAUGGUGAAAACAUGUUCAUUUCCCAGCAGCCACCAGUCAUCUCCACUGUGAUGGGCAAUGGACACCAGAGGAGUGUCUCCUGCUCCAACUGCAAUGGUCUUGCACUCAACAGUAAACUCUUUGCCCCAGUUGCUCUUGCUUCUGGGCCUGAUGGGAGUUUGUACAUUGGAGACUUCAAUUUUGUCAGACGGAUCUUUCCCUCUGGAAACUCUAUUGGCAUAUUAGAAUUAAGGAAUAGAGACACAAGACACAGUACAAGUCCUGCACAUAAAUAUUACUUGGCUGUUGACCCAGUGUCAGAAUCCCUUUACUUGUCAGAUACCAACACCAGAAAAAUUUACAAAGCAAAAUCACUUGUUGAAACAAAGGAUCUGGCCAAAAAUGCUGAUGUGGUGGCAGGAACAGGUGAUCAGUGCCUUCCAUUUGACCAGAGUCACUGCGGAGAUGGCGGGAAGGCAUCAGAGGCAUCUCUCAACAGUCCAAGAGGUAUCACUGUAGAUAAGCAUGGAUUUAUUUAUUUCGUUGAUGGUACCAUGAUUCGGAAAAUUGAUGAGAAUGGUGUGAUCACAACAAUAAUAGGUUCGAAUGGCCUCACAUCAACCCAGCCAUUGAGCUGUGACUCUGGAAUGGACAUCACUCAGGUGCGGCUAGAGUGGCCAACAGACCUCACAGUGAACCCCCUAGACAACUCUCUGUACGUCCUGGACAACAACAUCGUCCUGCAGAUCUCUGAGAACAGGCGUGUGCGCAUCAUUGCAGGGCGCCCCAUUCACUGCCAGGUGCCAGGCAUCGACCACUUUAUCAUCAGCAAGGUGGCCAUCCAUUCCACCCUGGAGUCAGCCAGAGCCAUCGCUGUAUCUCACAGUGGGAUCCUCUACAUUGCAGAGACAGAUGAAAGAAAGAUCAAUCGUAUACAACAGGUCACAACCAACGGUGAGAUCUCCAUAAUCGCUGGAACCCCAUCAGAUUGUGACUGCAAGAUUGAUCCUAAUUGUGACUGUUUUUCAGGUGAUGGUGGAUAUGCCAAAGAUGCAAAGCUGAAAGCACCUUCUUCCCUAGCAGUCUCUCCUGAUGACACGCUGUAUGUAGCAGACCUUGGAAAUGUUCGCAUCCGUGCAGUCAGCCGGAACAAGGCUCACCUCAGUGACACAAACAUGUACGAGAUUGCCUCACCAGCAGAUCAAGAACUGUAUCAGUUCACCAUCAAUGGCACCCACCUGCACACACUGAACCUCAUCACGAGGGACUAUAUUUACAAUUUCACCUAUAGCAGUGAAGGGGAUAUCGGCACGAUCACCAGCAGUAAUGGGAAUUCAGUGCACAUCCGCAGAGACACAAGCGGCUUGCCCCUGUGGGUUGUGGUGCCGGGCGGCCAGGUGUACUGGCUGACAAUAAGCAGCAAUGGGGUUCUGAAAAGGGUUUAUGCCCAAGGCUACAACCUGGCUCUGAUGACAUAUCCCGGAAACACAGGACUUCUAGCAACCAAAAGCGAUGAAAAUGGAUGGACAACUGUGUAUGAGUAUGACUCCGAUGGCCACCUGACCAAUGCGACAUUCCCAACUGGGGAAGUCAGCAGCUUCCACAGUGAUGUUGAAAAACUGACAAGAGUGGAACUUGAUACUUCAAACCGAGAGAACGUGAUCACGGCCACAAACUUCUCAGCUACCUCUACAAUAUAUACUUUAAAACAAGAUAACACGCAGAAUAUCUACCGGGUCAGCCUAGAUGGGUCUCUGAGAGUCACCUUUGCCAGCGGAAUGGAAAUCACACUUAACACGGAGCCUCAUAUCCUAGCAGGAGUCAUCAGCCCCACUCUGGGGAAGUGCAAUAUCUCCCUUCCUGGAGAGCAUAACUCAAACCUCAUUGAAUGGAGGCAAAGGAGGGAGCAGACCAAAGGCAAUAUCUCCACGUUUGAGAGAAGGCUAAGGGCCCACAAUAGAAAUCUGCUCUCCAUUGAUUUCGAUCAUGUAACCAGAACAGGAAAGAUUUAUGAUGAUCAUCGAAAAUUCACUCUUAGGAUUAUGUAUGACCAGACAGGCCGCCCAGUUUUGUGGUCGCCCAUCAGCAAAUACAAUGAGGUCAAUAUCACUUACUCACACUCUGGAUUAGUGACCUACAUCCAAAGAGGAACCUGGACUGAGAAAAUGGAGUAUGAUCCAAGUGGGAACAUAAUUUCCAGAACAUGGGCAGAUGGCAAAAUAUGGAGUUACACGUAUUUAGAAAAGUCCGUGAUGCUCCUGUUGCACAGCCAGCGCCGCUACAUCUUCGAGUACGACCAGUCAGACUACCUGCUUUCGGUCACCAUGCCCAGCAUGGUGCGCCAUGCCUUGCAGACCAUGCUGUCUGUUGGGUACUACCGCAACAUCUACACCCCACCGGACAGCACUGCAGCUUUCAUCCAGGACAUCACCAGAGAUGGACGGCUCCUGCAAACAUUGUAUCCCGGGACAGGUCGCAGGGUCCUUUACAAGUACACGAAGCAAUCCCGGCUUUCCGAGAUCCUUUACGAUACUACUCAGGUCACAUUUACCUAUGAGGAGUCUUCUGGGGUUAUUAAAACCAUACACUUAAUGCAUGAUGGGUUCAUCUGUACCAUCAGAUACAGGCAAACAGGUCCACUUAUCAGUCGCCAGAUCUUCAGGUUUAGUGAAGAAGGGCUUGUAAAUGCCAGAUUUGACUACAGCUACAACAAUUUCCGUGUCACAAGUAUGCAGGCCAUGAUAAAUGAGACACCUCUGCCCAUUGAUCUGUACCGUUACGUUGAUGUCUCUGGCAGGACAGAACAAUUUGGCAAAUUCAGUGUGAUUAAUUAUGAUUUAAACCAAGUUAUAACCACCACUGUGAUGAAGCAUACCAAAAUUUUUAGUGCCAACGGUCAGGUGAUCGAAGUACAGUAUGAAAUUCUAAAGUCUAUUGCCUACUGGAUGACCAUUCAGUAUGAUAAUAUGGGUCGUAUGGUGAUCUGUGAUACACGCGUAGGUGUGGAUGCCAAUAUAACUAGGUAUUUUUACGAGUAUGAUGCUGAUGGUCAACUUCAGACUGUGUCUGUGAAUGAUAAAACCCAGUGGCGCUACAGCUAUGACCUUAACGGCAACAUCAAUUUGCUGAGCCAUGGAAACAGCGCACGCCUCACUCCUCUGAGAUACGAUCUUAGAGAUCGCAUUACCAGACUUGGAGAAAUUCAAUAUAAAAUGGAUGAAGAUGGUUUUCUCAGGCAAAGAGGCAAUGAGAUCUUUGAGUACAACUCUAAUGGUCUGUUGAACAAAGCAUACAACAAAGUGUCUGGCUGGACUGUGCAAUACUGCUAUGAUGGUCUUGGAAGACGAGUUGCAAGUAAAUCAAGCCUGGGACAACACCUACAGUUCUUUUAUGCUGAUCUCUCCAACCCAAUAAGAGUUACUCACUUGUACAAUCAUACUAGCUCAGAAAUAACAUCCCUAUAUUAUGAUCUUCAAGGUCAUCUCAUUGCAAUGGAAUUAAGCAGUGGGGAAGAAUAUUAUGUUGCUUGUGAUAACACUGGAACACCACUAGCAGUGUUUAGCAGUCGGGGACAAGUUAUAAAAGAAAUUUUGUACACGCCAUAUGGAGAGAUCUACCAGGACACUAAUCCAGAUUUCCAGGUUGUCAUUGGUUUUCAUGGAGGGCUCUAUGAUUCUCUCACUAAAUUGGUUCAUCUGGGCCAGCGGGACUAUGAUGUCAUUGCUGGUCGGUGGACAACUCCAAACCAUCACAUAUGGAAACACCUGAAUGCUGUCCCACAACCAUUUAAUCUCUACUCAUUUGAAAAUAACUACCCAGUUGGCAGGAUCCAAGAUGUCGCUAAGUAUACAACAGACAUUGGAAGUUGGCUAGAGCUGUUUGGUUUCCAGUUGCACAAUGUACUACCUGGGUUCCCAAAACCGGAGAUAGAAGCUUUGGAGACAACAUAUGAACUUCUACAGCUUCAAACAAAAACCCAAGAGUGGGAUCCUGGAAAGACUAUCCUUGGUAUUCAGUGUGAGCUACAAAAACAACUCCGAAACUUUAUAUCCUUGGAUCAACUUCCUAUGACACCCAGUUAUAGUGAUGGCAAGUGCUAUGAGAGUGUGAAACAACCAAGGUUUGCAGCUAUUCCUUCAGUGUUUGGGAAAGGCAUCAAAUUUGCUAUCAAGGAUGGUAUAGUGACAGCAGACAUUAUCGGUGUGGCUAAUGAGGACAGCCGGCGCAUCGCUGCCAUACUCAACAACGCUCACUAUCUGGAGAACCUGCACUUCACCAUAGAGGGCCGAGAUACGCACUACUUUAUCAAGUUGGGGUCUCUGGAGGAAGAUUUGGCCCUAAUUGGCAACACCGGAGGACGACGCAUCCUGGAGAAUGGCGUCAACGUCACAGUGUCACAGAUGACUUCCGUGAUCAACGGGAGGACUAGACGCUUCGCUGACAUACAGCUCCAGCAUGGUGCACUGUGCUUUAAUGUUCGGUAUGGAACAACAGUAGAAGAAGAAAAGAACCAUGUCUUAGAGAUAGCCAGGCAGAGAGCUGUGGCUCAGGCCUGGACUAAGGAGCAGAGACGGCUGCAGGAAGGGGAAGAAGGGAUUAGGGCAUGGACAGACGGAGAGAAACAGCAGCUUCUAAGCACUGGACGGGUACAAGGCUAUGAUGGAUAUUUUGUUUUGUCUGUGGAGCAGUAUCUUGAACUUUCUGACAGUGCCAAUAAUAUUCACUUUAUGAGACAGAGUGAAAUAGGCAGAAGGUAACAAAGAAAACCUCUGCCUUUGCGUCACCAAAGACUGCCUGUUUUUAAACGUAAAAUGGUUUAUUGUAUUGGUUUUUCUAGAUCAGAACUCUGUAUAUAUAAAUAUAGAGGAAAAAAAACAUAUCCAACUGCCUUUAAAUGUGACAGAAGAUGGUAUUUUAAUAUUGUUCGUUUAACUCUUUGAGAGAUGACAGUGGAGAUUUUUAGUUCUUGUGUGGCAGUAUUCAAACCUUUCAGAAGCAGAGCUAAUAGCUGCAUGAGAGCACGAACAGCCCGGGGUGAGAGCACGCAUCCAAGCAGGGCAGGUGAGAGCGCAGCGUGCUCUGCCUUCUUCUAAAGAAACACCACUUCUUUUCCGUUGCUGUUGAUUUAGUAACUCACCAGUUAUUUAAAAGGUUACAGAGCCCAAUUCUGUAGCCUGUAUUUACUGGGUAGUUUUAUCCCAUUGAGAUCUCCCAUAGGUUCAAGGGAUUGCAUACAAAACCCAGACUGUGUAUGGAAACUUUGUCAUUGCCCAUCAACACUGCACAUGUCAUUUGUCACAGCUGUGAUCUAAGGGAUUUUCUAACCUGGAAAACCCAACUUUUAUUAGACACAGUUUGUAAGUAUUUUUAUGGAUACAGCUUAUAGAGGCUGUACCAUAUGAGCUACGCCUUUGCUAGAUCAUGGCCACCUCUCAUUCAGUCAGUGAAGAAAACCACGUUGCAUCUCUGUUCACACACGGGAGCUUCUCUCCUGGUUCCCUUGGUGUGGGGUUGUGCUGGAGUCCAGCAACACAGUGGAGCUGCAGAUCCUCCUGGGAGGGGUGCGGGAUCACACUGCACCAUUGUGGUUCAGCCAGGUACCAGAGAUGGCCAAAACAGCCCUGCGAGCACGGUAGUCAACAGGGGUCUCCCCCCUGACAUCAGCAGGCUCUGGAUUAGGCUUUAUCUCAAUGCUUUUGGGACAACCUCUGUUAUUCAGCUGGGAGGGUUCACGUGUAUGCAAUCUGUAGCCUUGCAGGAUCAGUCCUGCCUGUAGAAUUGGGCCAGGACUCUUCUUCUCACAGAUCAUUUGGAAGUUGUAGUGGUGUUGGGUUUAGGCAUCAUGUUAUUUUCAUCUCAAAUUGAUAAUCCCGUUGUAUUACUCAUUUUGCGGAGUCUCAAGAAGAUUGGUGGGUUGGAAGUUGAUGAACCUGUGUGGAUAGUACAUAUGUUGAUAAACGUAGAACAUUUUGGGGAUGACUCUUCACUUUUCAGCUCAAUAUCUAGAGCACAUAGAAAAGCAUUAUAUUGCAUGGGCAGAAAUUUUUAUUUCCCAAGGUAUCGUGCUGCUGGCACAGUUAUUUCAUAGCAGAGUAGGUGAUCCUUCUUUUCGCUUGUCAUUUUUAAAAGACCUGAUUAGCUUGGGCGGGGGGCGGGCACAUGGGGGGGAUAGGUAACCACAUUUCCUUUACUGACUUUCCAAGGAAGCUAGAAGUCUUGUUAUAGAGCCUGUGUAUCCGUAACAGUGAUGUUAUUGCACAUUUCUUGCAAAACAGACUUAGUAAAUAUAUUGAAACAAUUUCUGCUCAGAUUUCCUGAAGCCAACAAAGUGCUUUCUUUGUCUCCCUUUCUUCCCUUUUUCUUUUUUUUUUUUUUUUCCUUGUUUUUGGGCAGGUGGAGCAGACUGUACCAAAGUUAGGGAUGAGCCUGAACUGGAACCUGAGACCUGGAUCCUCCAGGACUUGGCCUCAGGUCCCAGCCUCGUGCCUCCAGCAUCUCUUCCCUGACUCCCUCUGUUCCCCAAGGGAGCCAGACCAGCUUUGGGGGUCUGGGAUAUGACUGGGCGAGAGCCAGACCCAAAACCACCUUCUACCCACAGCCAGGGGGGCCUGCGGACCAAAACCUGCACAUACAUACCUUGCUCAGGCUCAUCACUAACAAUUGUACAGAAUUUGGAGCUGAUGACAUCCAGUUUUGACAGCUCUGAUUGCCACAAUUUUCCAUAAAAAUCAUGGAGAAUUUGAAUACCUCCACACCAGCCUAAAAAUGGACCUUAAAAUCCUUGAGCCUCUAAUAUGCUUUUAAUUAAUGGAAGAAUAAUUUAUUAAUUGUAUAUAGAGUGCAUUCAUAAACGUGAUGAUGUAUUUUAUCACUGAUCCAAGAUGUCAAAUAUUAGAGUCUAUUUUACUUAUAUUUUAAGCAAUUAUACUUUUUUGCAAUUCACUAAUGACGUAUCAUUUUCAAACUGCUUUAAAUAUCCAUUAUAAACAAAUAUUUGAAGCUAUUAGAUUUACCUUGAACUGUGCAUUUCUAGUAUGUAAUACAUAUUUAGUUAGUUGUGCCUUUAGUUUCUUAAAGUUAUAUUUGUAUUAUAUGCAGGAAAUGCACUUUGUAUUACCUACAGCUGUGUUUUUUAAUACUGCCUUGAUUACUGUUGUUCUCAUAUUAUGCCAAAAGGUCAAAGAGUGAAAUGUGUUUGUCUCUGAAAGUCAAUUUGGCAUUUUUCCAGUUCCUGGGUGGAUAUUUUUGAACAAUAUUUCUUACAAGCAUAUGGAUGUCUAAAAAAUUACAUGAUAUUACGUGGCCCUGUUACAAAAGAAAAAAGGGCUUUCAUCAUAACAGUGUCAGUAAUUUAGGAAGCUAAAAAUAAUAUUGUGUUGAGAUGACAGUACUAAAGAAAUUGUAUUGAUAAAUGAGCACUGGAGACUGAAGUCAUAGCUCCACGUGGGCCAGCCAGCAGUGAGUCGUGAGAACUGUAACUAUAGCAAACAGCUUUGGACCAUCUUAUUCAUGAACAAUCUCAGAUGGAGGCAGGGAAUAUUUCAGUCUCCAUUUUCUUUUUCUAGUAGUUAGAAUAAUUUCUGAGUGUUGUUGUUUUGUAGUUUCCCUUUUUUGUUGUUUUCCUUUUUUGUUUGCUUUUUUACUAUUAUUAUUUUGCACUAUAGCCUAGAGUCCCAAGUGAGAAAAAGCAAAAAAAAAAAAAAAUAAUGGCAUGCAAAUUUGUAUUGUUCUUUAGAUCAGAUAAUUUGAUGCUAGCAUUCUGCACUGCAAACAAGGUUCUGAAAGUGGAAAAAAAUAAAAUAAUGAAAUGAAAUAAAUUAAAAUAAAAUAACAUAACAAAAUAAAAUAAUCACUAUUGCACACUAUCCUGUAGCAAAGUACCUACCAUGAGAAAUAUAUGCUAUAUUUUUUAUGACAGCCAAACCAGUAAUGUGUGCAAGUAAUGUUUCCUUUGUUUUCAUAUUUAUUUAGCAAGUCUUGAACAUUUCAAAGCUAUAAAUAUAUAUAUAGAUAUAUAUGUAGAGCAUAGCCAAAUAAAUAUAUAUGAACUGGUCAAUGUGCAACUGGGUAUACCCAUUCUAGCCGUUUAGUUUGGGCUCCUCAAGGUCCUCUCAGUGGUGGCCGCUCCCUGCCCUGCAGUCCCUGCCGAUUGUCUCGGGUGGUCGGUGGUGUUGGAAGCCAAGGCACAGAUCCCGAGGCAAAAGCAUUUAGGCAAAGGAGCUGCUAUUUCAGCGGAAGGAAAAUGAGAUGGGCAGAGUCCUGUUGAGGCAUUAGUUUGCUCUGGGGAGCUGCCCAAGGAAGUGGUGCUCGGCUCAGGCUGCCGCAGCCAGCCAUAAGGGUUUCCCCAGCAAAUGCUGACUGUUACUCAAACCUGUCCUUGACGCAAACCAUUACCAGAUCAGACGCGUCCCGACCGUAAGGAGAAUCGCUUCUCAGCAGAAACAGGGAACGGUGGCGUCCGACGCAUGUGGAUGUGUCCAGGCAUUCAUCGCCUGCCAUUCUUUGUCUAAGGAAACGUGUUCGACAGUUAUUGGUUUUUCCUUAGAUCUCGUGGUGGACUUUAGCCUUUUAAUAAAUGUUAGUAUAUCAGAUUGUGUCCUUGACAAUAUUUUACUUGUAUGAACCAUGAUAACACAUUAAAAUCUUCAUACUCUUCAGGCGGAAGUGUCAAUAAAAGAGAAAGAGAAGCAUAGCAUACAAUAUAUGUCAAAGUAAUGUUAUUUUUUCGCUUUCUCAUGAACAGUAAAAUGUUUACAAUGUAUGCCAAGAUCUUCAGUUUCUGUCUCACACCAGUUCUGAUCUUACAGACAUUGUGUUAUAACAGCCUCAGCCUUGUUGCUAGGAAACAAUAGGUCCCAAUUUUUUAAUUCCUGCUCUAACUCCUGUGCUGAAUAGUGACUGGAUACUGUACAGGUUUAUGUUACAUGGCUGCAGUUAAAUGGUCUGAUACAUUUUGUUCUGGGUUUCAGGCCAGAAGCAUGCAUUUUCUACAAGAACAUCCCAGCAACAUGCUGUAAAUAUUAAAAGUUAAUAUAUUAUGUGUUGAUAUUUGAAAAAGAAAGUACUUUGACUAUUUCAUUUUUAAAAAAUAAAGGUGCAAACUGAUAA